AUGAGCUCACCCUCCUCUUCAUCCUCUCGUCCUCCACCACCUCCUUCUCAAGCCUGCGCAGCCUGCAAGUACCAACGCCGCAAGUGCAACCCUGACUGCACUCUUGCCCCAUUCUUCCCUGCCGACUCUCAACGCCAGUUCCUCAACGCUCACCGUCUCUUCGGCGUCAGCAACAUCCUCCGCAUAAUUCGUGGUCUUGAUCCUGUCACUCGUGCUGAAGCCAUGCGCUCAAUCAUCUUUCAAUCUAAUGCUCGUGCUCUCGACCCUGUCGGCGGCUGUUACCGCAUCAUUGUUGAUCUUGAACAAACUAUACAUGCUCUCACUGCUGAACUUUCUUUAGUUCUUCAACACCUUUCCUUUUACCGGUCACAUUCUUCACCUCCUUCUUUUCCUCCUCCUCCUCCUCUUUCUGAUCAUCAUAACCUUUUUGAUCCUCAAUUACCUCCACUUCUUCAUCAACAACAGCAACAACAACAACAUAAUCCUCAACUUUUGAAUUAUUUUUGGUUUGAUCAAAGCAUUGAAAAUGGCGAUGAUAGUAAUAGCAACAGCAUGAAUGUGGUAGGGAAUUAUGAUAUGCCUGCUAUGCUUAGCUUGCAACAACAACAACAACAACAACAGGAAGAAGGUGGUGGGGAAGAAGAUGUGAAACCUAUUGUGGACAUGUUUGAUGUGAGACAGACCUUAAUUGUUGAUCCUGAGUCUUCUGUUGAUCACAAUAUUUUGGCUAGUUCCUCUGCCAACAACAACAACUUCAUUUGCUCAACCAGGUUUGCCAACUAUGCACUUUGA